AUGCAUAAUGGUGGAAAGCUAUCCGAAGCAGCAGACCACGUAGCUUACAUCAAUAAAGCCGAAAUCAGCCCGCCUACUCCAGCUCUCUUGAAUGACAUCGUACGAACGUUCACAGAUGAUGUCACGGUUAGCACUUACGAUAUCUUUCGUUAUCUGACCAUCUACAUAAGAAAAUACUAUGCUGAAAACAGCUGGAUUAUCCCUGGGCAGCAUCAAAGGCUGUUAAACGGAGUGACUGCGUACAAUUGCGGAGUGGAUCGCCAGCAUCAAGUGAAAUUUUAUGAUGCUAUAGAACAGGGUGGGCGGGCACACAAUGAUGAUGUCGUGAAGCACGCAUUCAACUGCCUUCACCAUUUUACGGGAGUCAACGAGCGGGUAAAGGAUGAUGCUACCGGCGACAUAACAAAAUGCAGUCACGCCGCACUACAACCAGAUGAGGAAAGGGGCAAGCAAGCGAUUGCCGUUGGAAGUCCCUGUCACAGUAAGUUGAAGGAGAUUGUGAUGCAGCGGCUAUUCCAGAUAGAUCUCACGCACUGGCUAGUCACGGUGGAACUAGCUAGUGCAAGACUAAACAUUCUUUGGACCGUCUUUACUGUCUAA